UAGCCUGGCACGGAACUCCUCUUCAUACAUAAGAAUCUUUAUACGUCAGCAUGUCUUCGUACGUUAUCACUGGCGUUUCAAAGGGCCUCGGUUGGGAGUUUCUUACCCAGCUCUCCGCGAAUUCCGACAACUUGAUCAUUGGUAUCGUUCGGAACAAGGCUGCCACCGACACCAGGGUGAAGGACGAGUUGCCUGACCGCAACAAUAUUCAUAUCCUGGAAGCCGACAUGACCGACUAUCAGGCGUUGAAGGCCGCCACUGACAAGAUUCCCGAGCUCACCCAUGGGGCACUGGACUACAUCAUCGCCAACGCAGGGGUCUACACAGAUUACGACGCAUACACCGCCAUCGGCGGUCUGGCCAAUGAUCCCGAAGGCAUUGAGCGCGAGAUCCUGAUGCUGACAAAAGUCAACGUCAUUGCCAACAUCCAUCUCUUCAACCUACUCAUCCCGCUCAUCAAGAAGGGAAAGGCCAAAAAGGUCAUCACCAUCACCACUGGACAUGCAGACCUGGACGUUGUCAUCAAGCACGAUAUUGAGGUCGCCCCAUUCUACGCCGCCAGCAAGGCGCAUAUGAACCUCAUCGUCGGCAAGUUCAGCGCACAGUACAAGCGAGAGGGCAUUCUCUUCCUCAGUCUGAGCCCCGGCGCUGUGGACGUGGGGAAAUGGGGAAAGACAAAAUUGACAGAAGAACAGGCUGCUGCCUUUGGCGCCACGGCGCAGAAGUUUAUGGCUUAUGCACCGGACUGGAAGGGUCCCAUUACGCCUGAGGAGUCGAUCAGGGCAAUGCUAAAUGUCAUUGACAAGGCAAGCAUUGAGAAUGGCGACGCGGGCGAGUUCCUAUCGCACUGGGGCAACAAGCAGUGGUUGUAAGGGUUGAAGUGGGAGAUGAUACACUUUACAAGAUAGCAGGAUUGCACGACAUGUU